AACUCUCCUUUUCACGGAGGUAGGAAAACAAAAGAUGGAAGCCAACGUGCCUCGAAAAAAAUCACGCCUUGCUAAAAACAAGAAAAAGGCAUGGAGAAAAGUAGAUAUAACAGACGUAGAGGAAUUUUUAGAAGAUGAAAGACUCCAAGAAAGAACUGGUGGAUUGGUUGCUGAAAAGCUAGAUGCAGAACUUUUCACAUUAGAGAGAAAAGCACCAGCAACUGCAACAGAAGAACCAGUUCCAAAAAAGAAAAGAAGGAAGGAACCCAAAGUGUUGAAAUGUUACUCACAUUUAAUGCCAGAUCCCAAGAUCAAAUUAGCCCGCAAACCUCAGCCAUCCAGAAAGGUCAAGGACAAACAAGCUCCACAUAUCAAAGAGAAAGUACUGAGUGGUGUGAAAACACAAAAAGAACUUAAAGCAGAGGAUCAGAGAAAGCUAGUCCAGGAAAAGAGGCUGAAAAAGGACAGAACUAAGGGCUCCAUAGUGGUUGCUUCUUACAACCUGUGGGACGAUGAACCUAAGAAACCAGUGGACCCAUUUGCAAAACCUUUAGUGAAAAGGCCAAAGAGGAAAGCCCCUUCAGACCUGCCAGCAGUACAAGUUCCUCACCCUGGGGCUUCAUAUAAUCCAGAUUAUGAAGACUAUCAGGAACUUUUGAGCAAAGCACAUGAAGUUGAGGAAAAGAAGUUAUUAGAGGAGAAGAAGUUACAGAAAUUUGAGGAGGAGAUAAAGAAAGUGGACCCAAAAACACUUGAGAGAACCUGGCUCUCAGAAAUGUCUGAAGGCAUCAAGGAUAAGGAAGAAGUGAAAGAAGAAGAGGAAGAUGGAGAUGAUGCAAUAAAUGCAGAGGACCUAGACAGGAUUUCUGUGAAUCCGCCCGUACGCAGGGAGUCCAAGAAAACAAGAACACAACGGAAUAAAGAAAAAAAGAAAAAGAUGCAGGAAAAAUUAAAAGCACAAGGAAAGAUGGAUAAAACCAAGGCAAAUGAGAUUUUCAGGUUGAAGUCAAUGAAAGCAGAACUAGAUGAAAGAGAGGCUGCUCUCCAGAGGAAGGCCCAGGAGAGGAGGCAGAAAUGGCAGUCUCAGGGUCUACAGACUCGCAAACUCGGCCGACUCAAAUUUGAGGAGCCUUUAUUGGAGAUUAAGUUAAGUGAUGAAUUAGAGGGAUCAUUAAGGAAACUCAAGCCUGAAGGAAAUUUAUUUGUUGACCGAAUGAAGAGCUUUGAAAAGAGAAACAUUAUGGAACCCAGACAAGAGGCCAAGAAAUACAGAAAAUACAAGAGGAAAACAGUCAUUAAGAGAAGUCACAAAGUGUAGAUGAUGGAAGGUGCUGCUCUGUUGUAUUCAUUUGUUGAUUAAUUAAAUCUUUUUUUAAUUCAAACAA